AUGAUGGAGGAGUCGAAGCUGACGCGUUUCCAGAGGCGAUACCUGAUGGACUUUGUGAAACGAGGACAUACCUUGCCCCUCCAGUGCCACCCCACACCCAGCAAAGAGCCAGCGCCUGCUUCCUCCCCACCAGUUUGUCAGCCGAGCAGGCUUUCAGCUAAACCGCAUCUCCGACCUGCCAAGGUCUGCCAGGCCGGAGAUGCCUACGCCCGAGAGAAAUUCAAGCCACGGGCAAGGCGAGAUUUGGAAAAGGAGAAGCAAAGGCUCCAGAACAUCUUAGCGACAGGGAAGGAUGCGGUGGAGCACAAGGUGAAGCAGACGCUGGUUCAGACAAAGGAAGAGGAGAUAGCUGAGCCUGACCGGUUUGAAGAAUUGGUGAAUGAAGUUCAGGAGAGGAAGAAGUUCCUGGCAGAGAUGGAAGCUCUAGGACAGGGCAAGAAGUAUCAAAGGAUCGUCCUCACUGAAAUCUCACAGAAAAUGCGUGAGAUGGAGAUCAUUGACAAGAAGAGAAGUGAGGAAAUGAGAGAGGCCAUGACAAAAGACAUCCCUGGUGGGAACAAAUCUGAUCCCCACGACUAGGCCAAGGGAAAAAACACAAGCGCAGUUUGUUCCCACCUCUUCUUCCCAGACUCUCAGCAUCGGAGUCUCAAGGGCUGGUCUGUGCCUGUGCCCGAAGAGGGGGCAGCACCACUUGUUGCCUAAAGCCAGAAGGCAGGAGCAAUUUGUACAUAACUGGUAACAGAAGAAAGCUGUUGUAAAAUCCGUCCCAUGCACCGGAUCCCUUCUUGCUCAACGAUAUUAAAGAGA